AGUGUGAGUGUCUAUGUGAGUGAGUGACGUUGAUCAGCCGCGCGGCUUCCCGGUUGAGUGCCCCGCGUCGCCGUUACGUAGCGGGCCCGAGGUCCGCCCCCGCGCUCCCCGCGAUAUAAACCCCGGCCCCCCGGGACACGCAGAGUCGCGUCCCGCGUGGCUCCAAGUCUCCGUGUUACCCAGUCCCCGUGUCUCCCGGUAGCCCAACCGACCCCGCAUGUUGACGGUUCUCCCCGUGCCCGUGUUCCCGCGUCUCUCUGUCCCCCCACCCGUGUCUUUGUGUCUCCUUCGAGUCCCAUUGUUUCUGGCUCCGAGGUCCCCACACUCCGUGCGCGCGCGCGCGCGUGAACCCCGAGCUCCGGAUUUGGACCCCGCAGACUCCGCUGGGCCCCUGCCCGCAGCGUUCGCGGACAUGCUCGGAGCUGCCCCGCGGCGGCGGCGGCGUCUCUAGCGUCGCCUCUCCACCGCCUCCAACCGGGGCGGGGGUGGAGGAGGAGGAGGAGGGCGCCUCCCGCACCGCCUCCCCCCGGGCCACCCGGCACCCUCGCCGCGCGCCCCCACACCGACGAUGUCCUCCACGGGCCUGGAGAUUCUGGGCUUCUCGCUGGGCGCGCUGGGCUGGCUGCUCGGCGUCGUGGCCUGCGCGCUUCCCACGUGGCGCGUCACCGCCUUCCUGGGCCAGACGCUGAUCGUGGCGCAGAGCACCUGGGAGGGCCUGUGGAUGAACUGCGUGGUGCAGAGCACGGGCCAGAUGCAGUGCAAGGUGCACGACUCCAUGCUGGCGCUCAACGGCGAGUUGCAGGCGGCUCGCGCGAUGACGGUGCUCGCCAACCUCCUCGCCCUGCUCGCGGUCGGCGUGGCGGCCACGGGCAUGCGCUGCACGACGUGCGGCGACGAGGACGGCUCGGCCAAGGGCCGUCUCACGGCCACGGGAGGCGUCGGGUUCGCGCUGUGCGGCCUCCUAAUGCUCGCGCCCGUGUCGUGGACGGCGCACAACAUCGUGCGCGACUUCUACGACGUCGGCGUCCCCGUCACCCUCAAGCGGGAGCUCGGCUCGGCCCUGUACGUCGGCUGGGGGGCGGCGACGCUGCUGUUUCUCGGCGGGGGGCUGCUGUGCUGUUCGUGGCCACGACCAGAGCCUGGUCGGCCCCGGCCCUUUUACGGCCUCCAGCCGGGCGGGUUGGCCAUGCACGGGACCGGCCCGAACGCUCCCGGGGCCCCGUUGCCGCGGAUGCACUCGGCGGUGGCUGCGGCGGCGGCGGCGGCGGCGGCGGCAUACAGCGCCCCGCCGUACGAGGCCGCGCCAGCACCCUGCAACGGCAAGCAAAGUUACCACGUGAAGGAGUUCGUGUGAGUGGAGCGACCUCCGUGGGGGUGGGGGGGAUGGAGACGUCGUGGGACGUGCGCGUUCACUUGGAGCAGCCCCUCUCGCCCGCAGCGAGUCCGCAAUGCACAAUGCCGCGCGCGUGAAACCCCUGGAUUUGUGUUUGUUUACGGCGACGGGGAAGGGUGCGUGGAGUGGCCACGCCGGGCUGGGUGAACUGCGCGUGCCAGUUCUGUGUGCGGGGGCGGGGGGGGGGCCCACUCGUGUCGUCGUGAGCCGCGUUGGUGUUGACGAAACCAUGCUCGCGUCUGUCCACUUGACGCCAGGAGUUAGAUUAUGGAGUUUAACCGAGCCACGUGUGACGUAAAGAGAGAAAGAGAGCACGCGACUUGUGUUAAGCUCGUCAUCCCAUCAGGAUCACCGCGCAGACGCCGAGAGACACGGAUUGCCAUCCACUCAAGGCCGCCUGCUAGCCCGGCCACUGAGCACCUCGUUGCAUUCCUCCAGACAGAGCCCACGGCUGCAACACGCGUAUACCCCACCACCCUGUCAGCUGUCUUGUCAAGACAAAGCCACGUGGACACCCGAAGAACAACCUCCUUGAGGGAAUUCACCUUGAGAAGCUCCACCUUGAGAUGCCCCACCUUGAGAUGCUCCACCUUGAGAUGCUCCACCUUGAGAAGCCCCACCUUGAGAAGCUCCACCUUGAGAUGCUCCACCUUUAGAUGCUCCACCUUGAGAAGCUCCACCUUGAGAAGCUCCACCUUGAGAUGCUCCACCUUGAGAAGCUCCACCUUGAGAUGCUCCACCUUGAGAUGCUCCACCUUGAGAAGCUCCACUUUGAGAUGCUCCACCUUGAGAUGCUCUACCCUGAGAAGCUUCACAUGGAGAUGGUCCACCUUGAGAAGCUCCACCUUGAGAUGCUCCACCUUGAGAUGCUCCACCUUGAGAAGCUCCACCUUGAGAUGCUCCACCUUGAGAUGCUCCACCUUGAGAAGCUCCACCUUGAGAAGCUCCACCUUGAGAAGCGCCACCUUGAGAAGCUCCACCUUGAGAUGCUCCACCUUGAGAAGCUCCACCUUGAGAUGCUCCACCUUGAGAAGCUCCACCUUGAGAAGCCCCACCUUGAGAUGCUCCACCUUGAGAAGCUCCACCUUCAGAUGCUCCACCUUGAGAAGCUCCACCUUGAGAAGCCCCACCUUGAGAAGCGCCACCUUGAGAAGCUCCACCUUGAAAUACUCUACAUUGAGAUGCUUCACAUUGAGAUGCUCCACCUUGAGAUGCUCUACCCUGAGAAGCUUCACAUGGAGAUGGUCCACCUUGAGAAGCUCCACCUUGAGAUGCUCCACCUUGAGAUGCUCCACCUUGAGAUGGUCCACCUUGAGAAGCUCCACAUUGAGACGCUUCACAUUAAAAAGCUCCACUUUGAGAUGCUUCACUUUGAGAUGCUCCACCUUAUGAUGCUCCACUUUGAGUUGCUGCACCUUGAGAUGCUUCACCUUGAGAGACGUCACCUUGAGUAGCUCCACCUUGAGAAGCUCCACCUUGAGGAGCUGAUGUUGGCCCACGUGUCCCUCUCGUGGCAGUGCCCACGGGGGGAGGAGUCUCCACGGUCUCCACGGUCUCCGUGGUCUCCGUGUGGAUGCGCACGAAGCUGUGAGGCCCCCCGCGUCUCACAGCCGCCUCCUGCUUGUCCAAGCGACGGCCACGCGAUACAACUGAACCUUAUGGCGGUACCCCGGGGUUCCAUAGUACCCCGGCUCUCGCAUAAUGUGCGUGAUGCAGUCAUGUUUAGUCUGUGUUGAUGGUCGGCGAUGCGGCAAUCGACUCAUCUCGACGAGCUGUACUCACGAUGCACCACCACGUCCUUGCUGCGUUUCGACUUUGCGGAGUCGCACCGAUUUCGGAUUGAUUGGUGCCCCAGUCGUCGCGGAGUUAAGUAACACCCCUGGAAAAAAUAGUGUCCCAGAAAUACAAUAUUUAAUUGCCUCGGCCCAUUUUGUAUUAUUUGGUACCCCGGGGUACCACCACCAGGAACAAAUGUCCCGCGCAUUUAUUCGAGGCUUUAAUAAUAAUAAUACUUCACAAUAGUAGCCGGAGCAUUACGAUUGGGAAGUACGAUUGUUAUUUACAGAACGCCACGUUGAAACCGUGAGUGCUGUGUAAUGGUGAAGUGUUAAGGCAACGUACUCUGAUGGUAAAGUAACAUUAUGGUGAGGUAAGUACCUGCGCUUGUGAAGUAUUGUAAGGGUGGCGUGAGCUCUACGAUGGUGAGGUGAGCUCUGUGGUGGUGAGGUGAGCUCUAUGAUGACGGAUUAUGAUGAGGUGAGCUCUAUGAUGGUGAUGAGGUGACCUCUAUGAUGGUGAUGAGGUGAGCUCUAUGAUGGUGAUGAGAUGAGCUCUAUGAUGACGGACUAUGAUGAUGUGAGCUUUAUGAUUAUCUGAGUUCUAUGGUGGUGAGGUGAACUCUGUGGUGGUGAGGUGAGCUCUAUGAUGACGGAUUAUGAUGAGGUGAGCUCUAUGAUGGUGAUGAGGUGACCUCUAUGAUGGUGAUGAGGUGAGCUCUAUGAUGGUGAUGAGAUGAGCUCGUUGAUGACGGACUAUGAUGAUGUGAGCUUUAUGAUUAUCUGAGUUCUAUGGUGGUGAGGUGAGCUCUGUGGUGGUGAGGUGAGCUCUAUGAUGACGGAUUAUGAUGAGGUGAGCUCUAUGAUGGUGAUGAGGUAACCUCUAUGAUGGUGAUGAGGUGAGCGCUAUGAUGGUGAUGAGAUGAGCUCUAUGAUGACGGACUAUGAUGAUGUGAGCUUUAUGAUUAUCUGAGUUCUAUGGUGGUGAGGUGAACUCUGUGGUGAUGAGGUGACCUCUAUGAUGGUAAUGAGGUGAGCUCUAUGAUGGUGAUGAGAUGAGCUCUAUGAUGACGGACUAUGAUGAUGUGAGCUCUAUGAUGGUGAUGAGGUGAGCCCUAUGAUGGUGAUGAGGUGAGCCCUAUGAUGAUGAUCAUAUAAGCUCUUUGAUUUUCUGAGUUCUAUGGUGGUGAGGUGAGCUCUGUGGUGGUGAGGUGAGUUCUAUGAUGACGUACUAUGAUGAGGUGAGCUCGAUGAUGGUGAUAUGAGCUAUAUAAUGGUGAAGUGAGCUCUUGUGAGGAUGAGGCGUGGAAUAUGAUGGUGGGUUGAGAGCUCUAUGAUGGUGAUUAGGUGAGCGCUAUGAUGGUGAUGAGGUGAGCUCGAUGCUGGUGAUGAGGUGAGCCCUAUGAUGGUGAUAAGGCGAGCCCUAUGAUGGUGAUGAGGUGAGUUAUAUGAUGGUGAUGAGGUGAGCGCGAUGAUGGUGACGCGUCGGAGUGGUGGCGCUGAGAUGCGUGAUGUUCGUGUUGUGGUAACGAUGUUAUCGAUGUGCUUGUAAUACAUUUAGGCACGCGUUUUAAUCAUUAAAAGCAACGCGGAGGGGGGUGGGAGCGGUGGGGGAUUGUGGAGUCGAGCGCGUCGGGGUUGGUAGUUACUUAGUGACACUUUAAUUAGUUUUAAUUGGGAGCCGCGAGGCAACACUGGGUGUUGAUCAGCGGCGCGUGGCGUUUUUCUUCACUGUGUCUCGCUGCUGCUGAUGUUGUUGUUGUUGUUAGCGUGCGAAGUUGGCUGAGCCCCGUUAAGAAUCGUUGUCGUACGUCCCGUGAUUGUCUGUGUUCGCGCACCUGACAAGCAUUAAAGCUUAAUCACUGA